CUUGUCUGCGUUGCACUUCUUGUUAAGUGUCAAGCAUUAAACCCAAUCUUGGGAAGGCUACCCCUUUAAGACAACCCUUAAAAGAGGAAGUGAAAAUCACAGCUGAACAUCCACAUACGCAGCACAGCUGUCCUGUAGAGCAGCAGAGUCUCCCACACACUGUACCAGCACUGCCUGCAACAGGAGUUAUGGAUUCUGUUUCCUUCCACCAGUACAUCUGCGAUCUGGAUCUUUGCUCCUUGCCUAGAGUGGUGAAGAUCUGCUCUGGAGUCUACUUCCAAGGAUCUGUUUAUGAAGUCUCUGGCAAUGAAUGCUGCUUAUCAACAGGAGAUCUGAUGAAAAUUAUUGAUAUUCAGCUGCAGAACAUCUCCUGCAAGAAUGUGGAGAAUGGGCACAUAUAUGAGCUCCCGCUGGAUUUUAAAGGUCUUUUUCAGCCUAGUUCAGAACUGCCACAUGGAACACAGAGGAAAUCUUUCUCUCGGGGCUCUCUCUUCACCAAGGACAAGUUGUUGGACUGCCAAAAGCCACAGCGCUACACGAUCCAGGAGGUCCUGCGGUCAGCAGUCAUGCGGCAGAAGAGGCUAACCUGCCCGGAAAUUGGCAAGAGUGAGGUCCAGCUCUACCCAACCUAUAAAGUGAAAGCAAUAAUGCAUUUUCGAAAUGACGUUGUGCAAAUCAACUCUACGCUGGAUGUAGAAGUGGUCGACGUCACCAAGGAGUCCCAGCACAUCCACUUUAUUAAGCCGCUGAUGCUCAGCGAGGUCCUGGCAAUGGAGAAAGCCCUGCCAGCGGAGGCAGAAAUCCUCGAGGCCCCAGAGAGCCUGCCGGUCUUUCAGAGUGACUGGUUCUCCCACCUACAGAAGGGCUGCCGGAUUCACAUCCACAGCAAGUCCUCGGCAUGGAGGGUCCUGGCCUCUUCUCGCAAAGGCAAGGCCCGGACCUGCUACUUCCUCCUCUCCAGCAGCUACAAAGGCCGCUUUCGCCGAUGCCCACGCAGAUUUAGCUGCACUUCGGAGCUGGCCCUCAGUUUAGCCUCAGCCAAGAAACUGCAGGUUGUUGUCACCAAGGACUGUGAGAGCAGCGAAGGGGAAUUUCCUUUGUUCAGUGUAGGAGACCGGCUAGAGGUGCUGCAGGUCACGAGAGCCAGCAACCCUUCAGCCAUGGACAUGCUUGUGUGCUGCAGGGACAAUGGAGAUGAGGACAGAGAGCAAAUCCAUGUGCCCCUGUUCUUGGAAGCUGGCUUUGUAGAGGAUGUCCGUGACAGCAGGAAAUAUACCAUCUCUGAGGCAGUGGAGCACCUGCAGCUGCCUUGUGAGGUCAAGGUGCUUAGUACUGACUGUGCCUCUGAUCCUCUAGGCUGCUCCUCUGUCCUGACCCUGGAGACCAGGAUCGACUUGCAAUUUCUCACCAUCAGCCUGGCUAAGGAGCCAGCUCUCACCUUUGACAUUCCUCCACAGUGGUUGGACAUGUCUCUCUUCUUCACUGGAGGGCCAGCAAAGGCCACCCCUCCCACUUGCAGUCCCGCGGUGGAAGAGUUGACAGAGGCCUUUUAUUAUCAUUUGCUAAAGAUACUGCCCAGCAAUGCAUCAGCACCUCCGAGACCUCCAAAGCGAAAGGACUCCAAGUGCAACAUGGACCUCAGAAAGGCCAAAGGAGGAGAGAAGAACGCAGCGGAAACAUCUAAGUUACCUUCUGGCAAGUCAAGCAGCACAUCUAGAGAGCCUGCAAAACUUCACUUCUCUGGACCUAAGCAAACGGGCGCAAGUGGGAGUAAUCUUAAUGAGUACACCAUGGAAUGCGAACGUCAAAGAUUCCAGGAGUGUUCUAAACCCGGGAAACAAACCACAGACACAGCUUUCAGUGAUGAUUCGGAUCAUGACUACGAAGAAAUUAACAAUGAGGUUUAUGAAAUGACUUCCAAACUGCGAAGAACUGUUAUUAAACAUUGAGAUACCUGUCUACAAAGCCACAGUCCUAGGCUAGGUCUUUCAUUCCCCACUUCCAUGGUCAGAGCCCAGUUCAGGAAUGAGGAGAAUUCUGUAUUUUUAAGCAUACAGAUCUACUUUGCACUUACUGGACUAAUACACCAAUCAGAUGUCAUACUGCAUACUUCGCUGAAUUUAUGCACU